UUGGGCCCAUGGAAGUGAGGCAAAGAAGUGAAGAGCCCAAGACUGAUUCUCAACGGUCAAAAAACCCGCGAAAGCAUGACUUCCACAGUUAAUGGCUCACCAUCACUUCCCUCAUCUUCGGUUACUAAGGUUUUCGUCUUUCCCUUCGGUGCCCCUAUUCAAAUCUCGGCAAGUUUGUACAUUUUGCACCGUUGCACUAAACCAAACAACACCCACGAGGUGGAAAACCUUUUCCCACAUCUUCCAAGAAUGCUCGGAUCGUCGAGCUCUAAGUCCGGGAAAACAAGGCCAUGCUCGCAUGAUAGUUUCUGGGUUUCAGCCCACCGUCUUUGUUACAAAUUGUUUGGUGCAGAUGUAUGUGAAAUGUCAUAGUUUGGAGUAUGCUUUUGAUGUGUUUGAUAGAAUGCCGGCACGGGACACGGUAUCUUGGAAUACGAUGAUUUUUGGAUACGCAGGAUGUCGGAAGAUGGGAAUUGCGCGGUCCUUUUUUGAUACAAUGCCUGAGAGAGACGUGGUGUCCUGGAAUUCUUUGAUUUCGGGGUACUUGCAAAGUGGUGAUUAUCGAGAGUCGAUUGAUAUAUUUAUGAUGAUGGGGAGAAUGGGAAUGGUGUUCGACGAAACUACGUUUGCAGUUUCUUUAAAAGUGUGUUCUGUCAUGGAAGACUUUGACUUGGGGACUCAGAUGCAUGGAAAUGCUCUGCGAAGAGGUUUUGAUAAUGAUUUGGUAACAGGAAGUGCCCUCAUAAAUAUGUAUGCCAAAUGUAAGAAAUUAGAUAACUCUCUUUCUGUUUUCCACGAGAUGCCUGAGAAGAAUUGGGUUUCUUGGAGCGCUGUUAUUGCUGGCUGUGUUCAGAAUGAUCAGUUCAUUGAGGGAUUUGAACUGUUCAAGAAGAUGCAGAAGGCAGGAGUCAGUGUUAGUCAAUCUAUUUAUGCUAGUGUUUUCAGGUCCUGUGCAGGGUUAUCUGCAUUUAGUUUAGGUACUCAGUUGCAUGGACAUGCCUUAAAGGCUGACUUUGGAUCUGAUGUCAUUGUGGGAACUGCCACUUUGGAUAUGUAUGCAAAAUGUGACAGCAUGCUUGAAGCUCGAAAGCUAUUUAACUCAUUGCCAACCCGCACUUUGCAAUCGUACAAUGCCAUUAUUGUGGGGUAUGUUCGAAGUAAUCAAGGUUUUGAAGCUCUAGAACUAUUUCGGCUUUUGCAGAAAUGUAGCCUUGGUUUUGAUGAGAUAAGCCUAUCUGCUGCACUUAGUGCUUGUGGAGUGAUGAAAGGAAAUUUGGAGGGGCUUCAACUACAUGGUUUAGCAGCUAAGAGUAGUUUGAGGUCAAAUGUUUGUGUGGCAAAUGCCAUGUUGGACAUGUAUGGUAAAUGUGGAUCUCUUUUUGAAGCUUGUUGUGUGUUUGAUGAGAUGCUACAAAGAGAUGCAGUGUCUUGGAAUGCAAUUAUUGUCGCUCAUGAGCAGAAUGAAAAUGAAGAGGAAACACUUGCACUCUUUGUUUCAAUGCUUCGGUCAAGAAUGGAACCUGAUGAGUUCACCUAUGGCAGUGUUUUAAAAGCUUGCGCAGGUCAGCAAGCUUUACACUUUGGCAUGGAGAUCCAUGGCAGACUUAUCAAGUCCAGAAUGGGGUUGAAGUCAUUUGUUGGAGGUGCUCUUGUCGAUAUGUACUGCAAGUGUGGCAUGAUGGAAGAGGCAGAAAAGAUUCAUGACAGAACAGAUGAACCAGCAAUGGUUUCAUGGAAUGCCAUAAUUUCUGGAUUCUCGCUACAAAACCAAAGUGAGAGUGCUCAGAGAUUCUUUUCUCAGAUGUUGGAGAAGGGUAUAAACCCUGAUAACUUCACGUAUGCAACAGUUCUGGAUACUUGUGCUAAUUUAGCCACCGUUGGACUUGGGAAACAAAUCCAUGCUCAAAUCAUUAAGCUGGAAUUGCAACCAGAUGUGUAUGUAACUAGCACUCUUGUCGAUAUGUACUCAAAAUGUGGGAACAUGCAAGACUCCAUACUAAUGUUCGAUAAAGCACCUAGGCGAGAUCCUGUGACAUGGAAUGCCAUGAUUUGUGGCUAUGCUUACCAUGGUCUUGGAGAAGAGGCCCUCGCAACUUUUGAGAAUAUGCAGCUUGAAAAUUUGAAACCAAACCAUGCUACUUUUGUUUCGGUUCUCAGAGCUUGUGGUCACAUUGGGCAUGUUGAGAGAGGAUUGCACUACUUCCAUUCCAUGCUAAGUGACUAUGGUUUAAAUCCUCAGUUGGAGCAUUAUUCAUGUAUGGUCGAUAUAUUAGGCAGGUCUGGGAAAGUUAACGAGGCUUUGAAGCUUAUUCAAGAGAUGCCUUUUGAAGCUGAUGCUGUUAUAUGGAGAACUCUGCUUAGUAUUUGCAAGAUCCAUGGGAAUGUAGAGGUGGCAGAAAAAGCAGCCAAAUUUAUCCUGCAAUUAGACCCUCAAGACUCUGCUGUUUAUGUCCUGCUAUCAAAUAUCUAUGCUGAUGCAGGUAUGUGGGAUGAGGUUACAGAGAUGAGAAAAGUAAUGAGGCAAAAUUAUUUAAAGAAGGAACCUGGUUGUAGUUGGAUCGAGGUAAAGGAUGAAGUUCACACAUUUCUUGUUGGUGACAAGGCUCAUCCUAGAUGCAUAGAUGUAUAUGAGAAGCUUGAUAUGCUAACUGAGGAGAUGAAGUGGGUCGGGUAUCUACCAGACAUUGAUUUUGUGCUUGAGGAAGAGAUUGAGGAACUCCAAGAGCAAGAAGAGCUAAGAGCAUGCAUAGAUGUUAUGUAGUUCUACGACCCUGUGAAAAAAAUGAGAUUUUUUGGUGAUUUUUCCAGCAUGGAAUUUGGAGUGAGUUGGGAAACGAAUACAUGGCGUUGGACAUAAGACUAGUGGAUUUUGUGAUCAACGGAUUCGUGGGAAGACCAUACAGCUUGUGACAGUGUACUGAGUUAUAAGGAUGGGAUGAAUUGGUUUUGGAAGAGACACAUCGAUCCAAGGAAAGCUCAAUCUACCAUUUUUAAUGAUCCGAGAAAAGUCCAAACCAAGGCUUUUAAAAGUUGAGAAGUUUAGUGAAAAUAAACGAGGUCAAAGUUUUGUGUGGGAAUUCUAUAUCAAUCAACAUUACAAUUGGGAUUAUUUUAAUCAUUAUAAAUUUGAAGACUUUU